AUGCCGAUCCCUCAGCUCGUGCCAUCGAAGGGUGAAUCUUAUGACCCCGCCGAGAGACCGCCCCCGUUUGGAUACGCCCUCAAGAAGUACAUCCCGCUCGAUCAAGACUAUGUGAAUCUGAACCCUGGGUCGUGGGGGACGGUGCCCCUUCCGGUGCUCUUCGCGGCGACGCGUCUAGGAUACGAGAUAGAGAGGAACCCCGACAAGAUGUACCGGCAACUGUUCCACCCGUUGAUCGUGAAGGCCAGGGAAAGCAUUGCGAACCUCGUAGGCGCGGACAGGGAUGAGAUCGUCUUCGCUCCUAACGCUACCCUCGCCCUUAACACUGUCCUACGGAACUUCGAGUGGCGCCAGGGCGACCUCAUUGUCGGCGCCACUACGCUAUACGGUGGCGUUGCCAACACUAUCCGCUACCUCGCCGACCGCUCCGAACACCCACACCCCGAGCUAUGCCUCAUCGAAUACACCUUCCCGCUCACGCAUGCGGAGAUCAUCGCACUUUUUCGCUCGAAGCUCCGCGAGUUCAAGGCGCAACACACCGCCUCUGGGACGCGGUUCACCGACAGGAAGAACAAAAUCGUCGUCGUUCUGGACGCGAUCACCGCAGCGCCCGCGGCGCUCAUGCCGUGGAAGGAGAUGGUACGUAUCUGCAGAGAGGAGGGCGCAUGGGCGGUCGUCGAUGCGGCACACAGUAUCGGACAAGAGCCGGACAUUAACCUCAGCGCAGCGAAGCCGGACUUCUGGGUCACGGACUGCCAUAAAUGGCUGUACGCCAAACGGGCUUGCGCGGUACUCUAUGUGCCCAUGCGCAACCAACACAUCAUCAAGUCCUCUAUCCCGACAUCGCACGAGUACGUGCCCGCUGGGAGCGCAGCGGCGCGGGAGAAGGGCACGAACUUCGUGAUGCAGCACGGAUGGACCGGCACCCCGGACCAUACGGCCUACGCCUCCGUACCCGAUGCGCUAGCCUUCCGCGAGUGGCUCGGCGGCGAGAAGGCCAUCAACAACUAUUGCCAUCAACUCGCGCUGGACGGCGGAGAGAGGCUCGCUCGGGCUUUGGGCACCCGUGUCUUGGACCAGACCGGGGAGCUUACGCUGAACAUGACAAACGUGCGCCUUCCUCUCCCUAUCGAGAAGAUCCGUGGGGAGAUAUACACGCCGGAGACGAUCGCACGUAUCAAUGUGUACAUGCGCGACAAGCUCCUGGACGAGUGGGGGACGUAUGUCGUGCACUUCUUCCACGCAGGCGCGUGGUGGUGCCGCUGCAGCCCGCAAGUGUUCAACGAGCUCGCAGACUUCGACUACCUCGGGAACGCACUUCUCGCCGUUUGCGAGGAGAUCGCGGAGGUGUUCAACUUGACCAAGUAA